GUUUUAGAUAAUGCAUGUGCAACAUUAGCAGUCUUGAAUAUAGUCAUGAAUUGUCAAAAGUUGACUUUAAGUGAUGAUUUACAAAAAUUUAAAGAAUUCUGUUGGGACUUUUCACCAACUAUGAAAGGUUUUGCAAUUACAAAUGUCCCAAAAUUUAGAGAAAUUCAUAAUUCUGUUGCAAGAAGAAGCUUUAAUAAUUAUCAUUAUAUUGCAUAUGUUCCUGUUGAUGGAAAAAUUUAUCAAUUAGAUGGUUUAUAUCCUGAUCCUGUCAAAAUAG